UGCACGGCGGCCUGACGUCAUCCAGUCGGUGAACUGCCUGAGCCGUGGCAACAACACGUCAUGCUCGUGCGAAAUGAAUCGCGCGCCGGGGUAUCUCGAGAUCGGGCGAACGUCGUUUCGAGGAGGAUGUUGCGGUUCGAUGAAAAAGAGGACCAUCGUCGGCGGCUACGCGUUCACGUGGUGGUUUGUCACGGACGUGCAGCGACUGUCGCUCGAGGUUAUGACAUUGAACCCCGUCUGCGAGAACGUGGAAACCGCACAAGGCGUACCACUGACUGUCACUGGUGUAGCACAGUGCAAGAUCAUGAAGGCUGACGAGCUUUUACACACUGCCAGCGAACAAUUUUUAGGAAAAAGCGUUUACGAAAUCAAAUCGACCAUUUUAUCUACCCUGGAAGGUCAUCUUCGCGCGAUAUUAGGCACGCUAUCGGUGGAGGAAGUGUACAAAGAUCGAGAUCAAUUCGCGACGCUGGUGAGAGAGGUAGCCGCGCCGGACGUUGGCCGUAUGGGCAUCGAAAUUCUAUCGUUCACGAUAAAGGACGUGUACGACGACGUUCAAUACUUGGCGUCGCUUGGCAAGGCACAGACAGCGGCUGUUAAACGGGACGCCGACGUAGGCGUCGCCGAGGCGAACCGCGACGCUGGUAUCCGGGAGGCAGAAUGUGAGAAGGCAGCGAUGGACAUAAAAUACAAUACAGACACAAAAAUCGAGGACAAUGCCAGAUUAUUUCAACUGCAGAAGGCGAAUUUCGAUCAGGAAGUGAACACAGCGAAAGCGGAGGCUCAGCUGGCUUACGAGCUUCAAGCGGCGAAGAUAAGGCAACGGAUACGAAACGAGGAGAUUCAGAUAGAGGUUGUGGAGAGGCGCAAGCAGAUCGAGGUUGAGGAACAGGAGAUCCGCCGGAAGGAACACGAGCUCCAGAGCACCGUGAGAUUACCCGCGGAGGCUGAACACUAUAAAAUCGGCAGAGUGGCCGAAGGGAAAAGGACGCAGACGGUGAACGCGGCCAUUGCUGAAGCUGAGAAGAUUCGAUUGAUCGGGGGAGCCGAGGCACAGGCUCUACAAGCGGUUGGAAUGUCGGAAGCUGAACAUAUGCGGAUGAAGGCCGCCGUCUACAAGAAGUACGGCGAGGCUGCCAUUCUCAAUAUCGCUCUGAACGCUCUGCCAAAGAUUGCUGCAGAGGUGGCCGCGCCAUUGGCGAGAACGGACGAGAUUGUUCUUCUGGGCGGAAGCGACACGACCAGCGGAGAAAUUACACGCCUUGUGGGGCAAGUACCUCCAGCUGUUCAAGCACUGACCGGUGUAGAUCUUUCAAAAGUGUUAAGCAAGAUACCGGGGGCAAAGUAAUGGCGGACAGGGGAACAACAAGCAGACGACCAGGCGAUCGGGCACUCGGAAUCGGCUGAGAAAAAUUCAGAACAAACACUGAACACAAGAAAAUAUACUGCCAAAGGUUUCUCUCUGCUUUAAUCAUUCACACACCAUGGUGGCACUCCACUUUGUUCUCUUUCCCGAAUUACUCUACCUCAAGCAGCAUAUAGAGACGAGGCGACGCCGAAACAGAAACCGGUUCAAACAGAUCACCGCCGUGCAUGCGUCGAUUUCGAAUCAUUCACACACACACAUACACACACACACACACACACACGACGACUCCGACGACGACGACCUACAACGCACACAGAAACACCUCAGCUUCGUUCAUCGAUCACAUCGAUUUGAUCAUCCACGUGCGAAAAAAUCUCCCUCGAUCCUCCUCGAUCGGAAUCUUUCUCGUACUUCGAUCGACGUGGCGUUGUUAUAACGUGAUAAAGGGGGAAAAGGACGAAGAGAACGAGAAGAGAGAAAAAGAGAAGAAUGAAUGAAUCUUCGAGGGAAGUUCUUGGAAGAGGAAACUGACGUACGAGUCUAUUGUGAUUGAAGAUUCUCGAUAAUUGUGUUCAACUUCGUAAAUAAGGAACUUAACGAAGAGGAAACGGGAGAGAGAGAGAGAGAGAGUUCACGCGGAGUUGGCGACGUGGAAAAUUAACUGUCCGUAGUCGUUGUACGUACUCGUACUAUGUAUCAUAGCAACUGGUGUUUCUACCUUGCUUAGAAACUAUACUUGCUCCUCGAACCGGGAGAGAAAUCGCUCGUUUGUCGUGAUUCUUCUUCGUAUUGAGACGCUGUGGAUCGAAGGUGUUGCGUGAGAUAUCUUUGAAAACGAAAUUACACAGAAAUGUUUUGUUUUUCUUUCUUCUUCUUCUUCUGAUAAAUGAAUCGUGAGAUAGGCGAAAGUUCACUCACAUUCCGGGGAAGGACGACUUCUUGAAAUUUUGUUUGUCUUGCAUUUAUUUAAAAAGCCAUCGUUUCUAAUUAGCACCACGUGUCUUUUCAACGUGUAAUUGAUUGUGUUCUACGUAUCUACGUGUGUGUGUGUGUGUGUGCGUGCAAAUAUUACUAUAAAAUAAGAUAUAUAGAUAUAUAGAGCUAAUAUUUUAUCAGCCACCGCUCUACCACGUGUUCCGAAGCAACAUCUGUAUUCGUACGUGAGAAAUCCAAUAUCAAACGCAACACCAUUCCAACUACUAGUGAUCUAUCGACUUAAGAGAAUCAAUCAUCAAACCUAACUCUCGGGAAAGAAAGCAAGUAUCAUUGGAUGAAUCGCGGACGACUGUUGGAUCUGUAAAGAGUGCUAAAAUUUUGGAUACUUUUGCUUUGUUGAACAGGCUGCAAUUGGAAUGUUCACGAGUAACAAUUGCAGAAAUACUAGGCAACGUUGAGAUUGAUUUCAUUUACGAAAAUAUUACAGAGAUUACUAUACUUUGGAUAUUGUGCAAGCGUGUGGAAUUCAACUUGAGAAAUCUCAAAAUUAUAAGUAGCGCAAGCCUAAAAAUUGUUGCAAUUCUCCAACAAUUUUUGUCCAAUGAUACCGAAAUUCUCAAGAGAGGAAAAGAAAAAAGAAAACGAAGAAACAAACGAGCCAUUUUGAGCGUUCUCCUCGUUCGAUCCGCGAAAUUCUCUCGGUUGACCACGCAUCGGAAUCAAUCGCGUUCCCGCCACCGGAUUAAUAAUCUCCAAACCGAAGAAAGUGCCAACCAAUUUUGUAAAUAACAGUAUCGUCUCGCCACCGUUUUUUAGUAGAAUAAUUUCCCGUUGCGUUCAACGAGCAUUCUGUUGCGUCGCACCUGUUUCCUUUUUCUUUUUUUCUUUCUCAAUUCAAUCCCAUCCGACUCGCCAAUAGUGCUCGCAAUAGUGAUCCAGAAGAAACUUCUUACAGUCAGAAUCACGUGAAAAAUACGUCUGACAAUUGACUCGGGUAUUUAAAAUCGAAUGAUUCAUUCGUUAAUUAGAUUUCUAACCUUUUUACAUUAUGUAAUGUAAGCAUAAAGCGUGAAACAUACAUACAUUAUUGUAACUGUAGUUGAUCGAUCAGUUUCAUUCAUUAUAACUGUACAUACUACAAUGGUAAUUAUACGUUAUAGAUCUUCGAUUCUAAUUAUAUAUCGCGAUACGAAUUGAAAAAAUGCGAUUUUUAUAGUUUGAUCGCAGCGAGCGAUUAUGUCAUUCACGUGCGUCUUAUUAUAACAAAUUUCGUUUCGAUUAUUACUGUUACGAACGCGUUAAUAAGAUCUAUGAAAUGUCCAACGUUCUGCUCGAAAUAUGCAUAAUUGACAGACGUGUUUGAACAGAGCAUGACUGGCUGAUAUAUACUGUACGAUGAGUUUUGUUCCAAGGAGGAAUAUAUUCGUGACGGACGGUUUUUACCGUGCGAGAAAAAUAUCCACCGCGAUUACGAGAAUUGGAUCGUCGAUUAUUUAGCUGAUAAAUGUGACAUCAGGCGUCACCGAGUACAAAUUCCAUUGUCCUGUCCCGAUGCAUAUGCUCGCGAAAGAUAACUCGAGGGGAAAAAGAUCUAACUGCGUGGGUUCGUUCAGUUUUCGUGAAAUGUAGAGAUUUCAUUUAUUGUUCAACGUUGAUGUUUCGUGUCCCCCUCGGUUCUAGCGUUGAAGAAACAUUCGUUUUAUAUUUAAUAGUAAUGUAUUAACGUGUCAUGAUCUUUUUCUUCUUCAGAAAAAAAAAAAAAAAAAAAAAAAUACAACUAUCGCGAGCAUGAGAACGCUGGAAAAGGGGAAGUGCAAGGACGUAAGAUCGUCGUUCGUCGCUAAAGUCUUCCCAACAAUAGAAAAGAAACAAGAAAAUGCGAAAGUAUAGUACACUUAGAGCAGUACAAAAAAAAAAAGACAAGACGAACUAAUUUCAAAGCGUAAUUCAAAUUAUACUCAAUGAGCAAGUUAAAAUUUAAAAAAGCGAAAAAAAAGAAGAAGAAGAAGAAGAAGAAGAAGAAGAAAUCGUAAUCCGUAAGUGCAAGGUCCACAACCUAUAUAGUAUUUUUAUUAAUGAUAAGCGAUCGAAACUGUAAAUGCCGAUUAUAUAAGAAUAGAGAAAAGGAGUGGAGAGAAAUGAGGGGGAGGGAGGAGGAAGAAGUAAGUAGAAAGUUCUAUUGCUCCCAGAAAAGAAAAGAAAAGAAAAGGAAAAAAAAAACAGAUGUUUUAUAUGAGCUAUUUUUAGUAAACAUUUAGUGCACCCCUUCCGAUGGGUAGUCAAUGCGAGAACGUGUUUCAAAUUCUGAUUCGCCUCUCACAGGUGUGUUCUUCUUUUUCUCGGUAUCGUAGAAACCGCGAAAGUUCAGAUAUUAUACUGCGAGAGGGAAGAAAUAAGAGAAGAAAA